AAAAUAAAUCACAUUACAUUUUUAUUUCCCUUGACAUUUAUAAUCUAAAAUACUAAUUAUAUAAUUGUUUUAUAAAAAGCAUUGACUAUUAUUGUAUAUUUCUGUUACAGAAAACAGAGGGGAAGCCUUGUGAAUUUGUAAUAGUUCAAACACACUUCAUAAAGUACAUUAGCCUACUUUAUAAUGUGUAAGAUUGAUGUGUGUUUAUUUUGUUUACAUGACAUUGUAUUGCGUAUAUGUACAGACUUUUGGACCCCACUAUGGAUGAGUUACAUCACUUUGGCCAAUGAAAAAUUACUUACAAAUGACCAUUAAAUGUGACGUCACCCUCCCGAGAUCACGGCAAAAGUUAUGACUCAAAAAUAUUUUGAGAACUAUGACACUUUCAUGCCACUUGGCCAUCUAUUUUAUUAUUAUUAUUAUUAUUUUUAAAAGAUCUUCCUCCAUUUCUAUAAACGCUGCCAAUAGCAGUUCACAAGCGAUGUGUUCAGAUGAAGAGCGCUCGAUGGCGGGGGGCUCCGGUAACGGAAAGUUGCGUCAGUGGCUGAUAGAGCAGGUGGACACAGGAAAAUACCCUGGACUCGUGUGGGAGAAUGAGGAGAAGAGUAUUUUUCGGAUUCCGUGGAAGCACGCCGGCAAACAGGACUACAACAGGGACGAGGAUGCUGCGCUCUUCAAGGCUUGGGCCCUAUUCAAAGGCAAAUUCCGGGAGGGUAUUGACAAACCUGACCCACCAACUUGGAAAACUCGUCUUCGAUGUGCUCUUAACAAGAGCAAUGACUUUGAAGAGCUUGUGGAGCGUAGUCAGCUUGACAUUUCAGACCCCUAUAAAGUGUAUAGGAUUGUUCCAGAAGGAUCCAAAAAAGGAUCCAGAUCUCAUGAAGAUUCACAGUCCAAUUCAAGCUCACCCAAUUAUCCAAUACACCCAUCUUAUGCACCAGCACCAUCUCAGGUGUGCAACUAUCUUUCUCCAGCAGAGAGAGGAUGGAGGGAUUACUCCACCCUUUCUGAGAUCCCUUACAGCCAGGGCCCUUACACUCCACGCUGGGACCCUGGGUACCAGUUCAGUGGCUCUUUCUACAGUUGCAAUGCAUCUGAUCCACAGCCGUCACCUUUCACCCUGGACACCAGCAUGAGAUCUGCUGAGGCUGUGGCCCUUUCAGAUUACCGCUUACAUGUGGUGGUGUUUUACCGGGAUACUCUGGUGCGAGAGGUAACAGUGAGUAGUCCAGAAGGCUGUCAGCUGGGCCCUAGCAGAGAGGGACAGGCCUUUGCUUCACCUGGGGCCCCAGAACUGGUUGAACUCCCUCAUGCUGAUGGGGCAUCUCUGGAUCGUGGCGUUAUACUCUGGAUGGCCCCUGACGGGCUCUACGCCCGCCGCCGCUGCCCCUGCAGGGUGUACUGGGAGGGAGCUCAUGCACCACCUACUGAAAAGCCCAACAAGCUGGAGAGAGAGCAGAACUGCAAACUACUGGAUACUCAUCUGUUUAUAACAGAGUUGCAGAGUUACGCCCUGCAUGCUCGUUCUGCGCCAUGCUCCCAAGUGCUGUUAUUCUUUGAGGAUGAGAGCACCGAUGGUCAAAGACCAAGAAAGACCUUCACAGUGCAGGUUGAGCCACUGUUUGCUCGCCAGCUUCUUUUCCUCAGUCAUCCUGGCAGCAUGAACUACAUCCGCAGCCAUGAGCUUUCACACCUGCCUGCUGAACACAGCCUCUCCCCGACCCAAGACUACCACAGAGUCAUCACGCAUCACAACGGCCCUCAAAACUGACCCUGACUCUGCGUUUGAUCCUGGAUUAACGUUUUGUUUAACCCAGGGUUAAAGCAAGUUUUAAUCCUGGGUUAAUGGGAUUCUCUCAUCAUUUACUCACCCUCAUGUCGUUCCAAACCUUGUGGAACCUGUUCCACAGAAGAAAGAAAGACAUUCAGGUUUAACAUGAAAUGAGGGUGAGUAAAGGACAGAAUUUUCAUUUUUGGGUUAAGCUACUUUUACACUUUUGAAAGGGGGUUAGCGCCACUUUUAACUCAGGGUUAUAAAGCUUUGCUUAUCAACAGAUGAUGGACAAGCGGUUAUUAAACAGUUUACAUGCUCACAAAGUGCCAUAUUUGUCCAAGUUUAAAUAUGUACAGUGAAAAAUCUCAAACUUAGAAACUCAGGAGUAAGUAUUAACCCAGGGUGAAGUUCAAACAGGAUUUAACCCUGGGUUAACUGUAAAAAUCACACAAGUCUUGUAGGCUAAAGUGUAAAAGGUAAACGUUGGAAUUCAGCUGUGCACCUACAGCCACAUUCAUACCAGGAUAAUCUAUAGUGAUAACAGACAUUAUCAAAUGUAAAACUGAUGUUUCAUACUGAGAAAGACAAAAAUCUGUUUUCAACUCACAAGGAUAAAUGAUUGUAUUAUGCCGGCAUACCGCCAAAUGUGUGGGCUGUUUGCUGACAUGACAAAAGAAUGUAAAGUGUGAAUAUUAGCUAUGGCUGAUUGUUUCUUGCUACAUUUGUUUGAGCUGCUUUAAAAAUAUAAAAGCCAGAAUUUUGAUGUAUAUAGGCUAUGCAUUUAGGAAAAAGUGACAACCUUUUAGUUUUCAAAAUGCUGUUCUUUUAUAAACAUUUUUGUGUACAAUUCUGACAAAAGUUCUACUUUUAUUCCACUACUUUUGCUUUUUUUAUAUGUUACUGAGAUGCUCAGAAUGCCUUGAAAUUGGUGCCACCUUUGGUUUUUAAUA